CUCUUCUUUGGUGAUUGGUCCGAUGAUCCAACGUCACGUCAAUGAUGCGGAAGUACUUCCUGGUUGACCCAGAUGUAUAUGCUAAGUAUUGUCGUUCACGUUGUUCUGGUGUUUUGGUGCAGCCCCACGUUGUUAAGCGGUAUCAGCAAUUCUAACUUAGCUUCUUCACUUACAAGCAGUAGUGGAUGCACACAAUGGCUGAAGUGAGUAAUUCUCUGUCUACGACUCAAAUCUCUGAGCUUUUAUCAACGGAGUCAUGCCACCUUGUCCUGGAAACACCUCCUCCAGAGUAUGUGGAGAAAGUAUCUCGAUAUCUAGCGUCCUCAUGUGGACACAACGAAGAGGAUAAGGGAUGUGGAAAGCCACUAGAUGAAGACAGAGACUCAGGAGACAGUCUGUUCAUCACUCAGAAGCCUGUGCCUCCGCCUGUAAGAACAAGGAGAAGGCCACACAAAGACCCCACACCUUCCAGAGAUCCAGAAGAAGACGAAGAUGACUCUUCAUCAUCUGAAGUUACUUCUGAUAAAAAGAGACCUAAGAGAUACAGACUACCAGAAUAUACUUUCCCUUUCCUGAAUGAAAGGAAGCGCAAGAAAACACGCAGAACCAUUAUAUUCACACAGAACACACGUCUACAUAAUUAUACGAUGGGAGGCUUCCUUAAAUGUGUCCAAAAGAUGUGGAAGGGCAUACAGAGGAGAGAUGAUGUGGAGUUGUUGCCAACAGUUGACAAAGAUGGAGAAGACAUAUCUCCACUGACAGAAGAAGAAGAUGAAGCAUCAUGCAAUGAUGACAUCAAAGUGGUGGAAAAGAACCUAUUUGUGCUACCAUUAAAAACAAAGCGACGUAAACAAACAAGGGGCAACCAGCCAACAAAGAAAAGGAAAGAGCAAAAGACAAAAUCAACCGAUACCAGACAAAAAGCCUCACAAGAAAAAGGAGGCGAGACUUCACAGAUGAUACAAGAAAGCAGUGAUGACAAAGAGUGUUCUUGUCAAGUUGAAGCUGAGAAAAAGACGAAGAACAACAAACUUGCAGGUGGAAAUGAAAACUUCAUAAACCGAUCUGAAAUACUAAUGACAGAGAGACUCCUUACCAAGGAUGAAAAAAAGCAGAAAACAAGAGGGGAAGGACUGUUGAGUAAGAAGGGGGAAGAAAAAUCACUGAAGGAGAUGGAGCUGCAAACUGAAGUCUUACACGUGGACGAUAACCCUCACCCAGCAGAGGAUGAGACAAGUGACACUAGUACUAAUAUAUCAAGCCAUGAAAUGUGGGCAAAGAAGAGAAAAGAAGACAAAGGAGAUCAUGUUGAAACAUCAUUGAAUAUGGAAGUAGAUGGGAUUCCUAGCUCGUCCCAGGAAAACAGAGUGGCGUCUCCGGUAUCAAAGACUAGUGUUGAACUGGAAAGAAAUAGAAAGCGGUCAAAUGAUGUUGGCGGACAGGAACAUGAAAAGAGAGACACCUCUGAUUCAGAACGAAAGAAAAGAAAAAAGAGCAAGACUGCUGCUGAAAAUGUGACCAAUGUAGAGUCUGAUUUAAGAGCAGAGGAAGGGACUUCUUUAGUGAGUUCUUCUGCAGAAAAUGGUGGCAAGAAGAGGAAAAUAAGGAAAGCAAACGAAGAAGACAAGGAGCUAAAUUCAAGCUUUGUUUCAGAAUCUCUUAAUGACAAUGCUGAGGUUGUCAGGAAGAAAAAGAAGAAAAAAGAAGAGGUUAGCAUAGUUGAAGAAGAAGAAAAUGGUUUUUCAGCUCCUUUAGAGGUAUCAAAAUCGAGUUUUGUUAAAAGAAAGAAGCACAAAAAGAAGUCAUCUUUUAGAGAUGGAGAAGAGGCUGUAGCUAUGAGUUCUUUAAAUAGUGAUGUAGCCCUGACUGAGAGCACAGAGAUGUCUCAGAAAAGGAGAAAGAAAAAGAAGGAGAAGAAGAAGUUUGCAGAGGAUAUGGAUAACCUUUACAGUGCUGAAGAAAAAGAGAAGGAUGGGAACAAAGAUGAAAGGCAGAAAACAGAGGAAAGUCUUGACAACCGAAAUGCAGAAGAGGGGGUUAAGAAAAAGAAGAAAAAAAAGUUUGCAGAGGAUAUGGAUAAUCUUUACGGUGCUGAAGAAAAAGAGAAGGAUUGGAACAAAGAUGAUAUGCAGAAAACAGAGGAAAGUCUUGACAACCAAAAUGCAGAAGAGGGGUUUAAGAAAAAGAAGAAGAAGAAGAAGAAAAAGUAUGCUGAGGAUAUGGAUAACCUUCACAGUGCUGAACAAAAGGAGAAGGAUGGGAACAAAGAUGACAGGCAGAAAACAGAGGAAAGUCUUGACAAUCAAAAUGCAGAAGAGGGGGUUAAGAAAAAGAAGAAGAAGAAGAAAAAGAUAUCUGAAAACACUCUAGCCCCAAGCAUUGUGUCAGUGUCUGUGCAGGAAAAGGAAGUGUCCUCAUCCUUCCUCUGUGCUGAAGCUGAGUCGUCCCCCUCUGUGGAGGUUUCUGCGGGAGAACGUGUUGUCAACACUGGAAAUCAAGGGACAGAAUCAGAAGAAAUUUCUCAAAACAUGGACGAUUUAAACCAUGGUGACAAGAAAAAGAAAAGUAAGAAGAAGAUGUUGGAAAUGCAGAAUGUUGAUGAGCACAGUUUCCAGGUACCAAACACAACAUGUUUGGUGAAAAGGAAACAUACAGGAAACGAAAGCGAGUUGAUGACUCAGAUGGAAAGUUUGGAAAGUGCAGAGGAUGCAGGAAUUUUUUCACCUGAUGAAGCUGUGGUGAUGAAAAAGAAGAAGAAGAAGAAAAAGAAGGGUAAAGAUGAGGACGGCCAUGUUAUGCAAAAAAGCCCAUCAGCAGAAACUUUAUCAGUCCAAAAACAGGCUUCAUCAGCAUUAGAGCCACUGGAAAAUAAGUCUUUAAAUGAUAUCACAGACAAGAAAAAGGCAAAAACCACUGAUAUUGAACUGUUUAAGGUGAAAUCUUUUAUUGAACCUGCUGGUUCAGAGCUGAAAGAUGGCACAAAAAGGAAGAAAAAGAUUGAAUCAGAUGAGCAGAAAGUACCCAGUAGCCCAAGUUUAUCAGAUACCUCUUUGUUGCAAUCUGAAACAUCAUUAGACAGAAGUAUAAAAAAACAGCACAGGAAAACAAAGAGGAAGCUUUAUAACUCAAAUGAUGGGUUCUUCUCAGGUGUUUAAAUCCUGCUCUUGAUGAGGUUUUGUUGUUGACUGGCAGCUAAAUUGAUGAAGCUAAUCGCAAACACAAUAGGAAUGUGGUAGGUGUGAAGCAACAGCUUUAAGCUUGACCUUUUUUUCCUCUUUUUCAAAAGAUCUCUUGUUGUAUCAAAGCGUUUUCCUUGUAUGGUCCGGAAUAUUUGUGUUAAAGGAGAACAUAAAAAUACAAUUACAUAGGGUAAUUUAUAUUUGUAAAAGUUCCUGUAUAUGUAAAUGUUUCAGGAAAAUAUAGAGUUUUAUAUAUUCAUUGUACUUUUCUAUUAGAAAUGCCCACUCAUUUGUUUUUCCUUUUUUUUAAUUAAUUAAUUUAUUUAUUUUUUUACUUAACACCAUCAUCAGUUGGUCUAGUGUAAAUGUGAACACUGUCUUUCAGUUGAAUGACAUUUGGGACCAAAGUCAGAUUCAUUCAUUCAUUCUUUACCACUGUCUUACUGUAGAGAGAUGUUACAUAUUUCUGUCUUUUGUCCUUUUUUUCUGAAGCAUUUGCACCUCAGCUGCACCUUUAAAGGAAUCAUAGACAUAUUUUUAUAGUUUUAAUGAUUUUAACUCUGGUGGAAAUAACAAUUUUGUAAGAUUGAUUAUCUUUUGCUGAACCCUGGUGGAACAUACAAGUCUAUAAAAUGUGCAUAAACUGUAUCCUAAAAGGCUUGAUGUCAGAAUCAUUAAUAAAGGAAACUGUAUAGUAAGCUCGAGUAUGCAACACUUUUUACUACCAACAAGCGAAAGAUGCCUUAGCCCUAGUUUGUGUUAAUUAUGUUCAAGCUGCUUGAAAUUCAGUUUGUUGCAGCCUGAGCAUUUCUUACAACAGAUACACUGAGUGUCUGUUCGUGUAAUCAAAUGCAUUUGGUGUAAAGAGCAUUAUGGGGUUUAACCCUCAGGCCUUGUAGCACCCAAUAAUGUAAUCAUUUCCUGAUAAUGUAAUAAAGCCUGAUAAUGUAAUAAAAAUUUGCACUUAACUUGGUCGAAAAUGUAAUAAAACCUAAUAAUGUAAUAA